AUUCCCUAAGGAUAUGCAGCGCCGCUCACUGGCCGGAAGAGGGCUCUUCCAGCAUUGUUCUGACGUCAGUCGGGACAUUCCUUCCCUUUCCGGUGGGAAGGGCUUCGUCUCCCGGUUCAGCUCCGUGAUCCCGAGGAAGAGAGAAUUAGAGCGUUUAAGAAAGCAGGGAGUGGGAGCGGCCAUGAUGUCCGCCGGUUAUGGUCUGAAGGAGCAGCGAGCGGCUAAUUGACUUGUUACUGAAAGAGAAAGAGACACAGCAAAGCCCGGGCUGGGUGAGGGGCUCGUCCCGUGUUCAUGGACCAACCGGGCCCCUGAGCCUGCAGUGUAACGCCUUCACUAUCAUUAACAUCACGUGCUCAGUUUAGCUAGUCUGCUAGUCGGGCAACAUGUCGGCUAAAGUGAGACUGAAGAAGCUGGAGCAGCUGCUCUUGGAUGGGCCCCAAAAGAACGAGGCGGCCCUCAGUGUGGAGACAUUGCUGGACGUGCUCCUGUGUCUCUAUACCGAGUGCUCCACUUCCACUCUCCGCAGGGACAAGUAUGUCAGCGAGUUUCUGGAAUGGGCAAAACCCUUCACAGAUCUACUUAAGGGAAUACAGCUUCACCGGGACGACUUUGAAAUCAUCAAAGUAAUUGGAAGAGGGGCUUUUGGAGAGGUUGCAGUUGUUAGAUUGAAAAAUACCGAACGCAUUUACGCAAUGAAAAUACUGAACAAAUGGGAGAUGCUUAAAAGAGCAGAGACGGCUUGUUUCCGGGAAGAGCGAAAUGUGUUGGUAAAUGGUGAUUGUCAGUGGAUCACUACCUUAUAUUAUGCCUUUCAGGAUGAGAACUAUUUGUAUUUAGUCAUGGAUUACUAUGUAGGUGGAGACCUAUUAACACUUCUCAGCAAAUUUGAAGACAGACUUCCUGAAGACAUGGCUAGGUUUUAUCUUGCUGAAAUGGUGCUUGCUAUCCACUCCAUUCAUCAACUGCAUUAUGUGCACAGGGAUAUCAAACCUGAUAACGUUCUCCUAGAUAUGAAUGGUCACAUUCGCCUAGCAGAUUUUGGAUCUUGUCUGAAAAUGAAUGUUGAUGGAACUGUUCAGUCUUCAGUGGCAGUAGGAACACCUGACUAUAUCUCCCCAGAGAUCUUACAAGCCAUGGAAGAUGGAAUGGGAAAAUACGGACCUGAAUGUGAUUGGUGGUCUCUUGGGGUCUGCAUGUAUGAAAUGCUCUAUGGGGAAACGCCUUUCUAUGCAGAGUCACUUGUGGAAACCUAUGGAAAAAUCAUGAAUCAUGAAGAAAGAUUUCAGUUUCCCUCUCAUAUUGGUGAUGUGUCGGAAUCAGCCAAAGAUCUCAUUCAGAGGCUAAUCUGCAGCAGGGAGCGUCGACUCGGCCAAAAUGGAAUUGAUGAUUUUAAGGCUCAUGCAUUUUUCGAAGGAAUCAACUGGGAUAAUAUCAGGAACUUGGAAGCCCCUUACAUUCCUGAUGUCAGCAGUCCCUCUGACACAUCAAACUUUGACGUGGAUGAUGAUAUUCUAAGGAACCCUGAAGUUAUUCCUCCUAGUACCCACAGUGGCUUUUCAGGCUUCCAUCUACCAUUUGUGGGAUUUACAUACACUACCGACAGCUGUUUUUCUGACCGAGGAUCCUUAAAAGACACCAUUCAUUCGAAUGCUGUGACCAAAGAUGAGGAUGUGCAGCGAGGCCUUCAAAAUAGCUUACAGAUCGAUGCUUAUGAGAGAAGAAUCAGGCGACUGGAGCAGGAAAAACUGGAACUGAAUAGAAAAUUACAAGAGUCAACUCAGACUGUCCAAUCUCUGCAAGGAUCAUCCAGAACAACAGGAACAUUAACCCGGGACAAAGAAAUCAGAAAGCUGAAUGAAGAAAUCGAACGGCUUAAGAAUAAAAUAUCAGAUUCGAAUCGAAUAGAGCGACAGCUGGAGGAUGUUGUUGCACUGAGGCAGCAAUAUGAUGAUUCAACAAGCAAGAUGAAAGGCUUUGAGAAACAGCAUCGUGCUCUGAAACAAGAACGGGAUGAUCUACAAAAGCAAUUUACUGAUGCUCAGGAACGGUUAAAGUCCCAGACCAAGGAGCUGAAGGAUGCCAAUCAACAUAGAAAACUCACUCAGCAAGAGUUUGCUGAACUUAAUGAGAAGAUGGCAGAGUUGAGAUCACAGAAGCUGAAGUUGUCCCGCCAGCUACGGGAUAAGGAAGAAGAACUGGAGCUGGUUAUGCAGAAAAUUGACACCAUGCGUCAGGAAAACCGCAAAUCGGAAAAAGCCAGAAAAGAGUUGGAAGCACAGCUUGAAGAGGCCACUGCUGAGGCAUCCAAGGAACGCAAAUUGCGAGAACGUAGUGAGAUAUUCUGCAAACAGUUGGAAAGUGAACUGGAAGCUCUUAAGUUAAAACAGGGCGUUCGAACUCCCGGUGCAACCUUGGAGCAUAAACAGGAGCUCUCAAGAGUCAAAUCUGAGCUUGAAAAGAAGAUCUUGUCUUUUGAAGAAGAGCUAUUAAGACGAGAAACGGCUCAUUCCUUGGAGAUGAAAAACAUAAGAAAAGAAAUACAUGAUACUGAGGGUCAGCAGCUUGCCCUGAAGAAAGAAACCCUCAUGCUUAAAGAUAAGCUUGAAAAAGCAAAACGUGAGCGGCAAUCUGAGCUGGAAGAAGCUGUCGGAACUCUAAAGGAAAAAUACGAGCGAGAGAGGAGCAUCCUUUUAGAUGAAAAUAAAAAACUUUCUUCUCAAACAGAAAGGCUGUCUUCUUUUGUGGAUAAAUUGACUGAGCAGAAUCGUCAGCUGGAAGAUGACCUACAGGACCUCACAGCUAAAAAAGAAUCUGUAGCUCACUGGGAAGCUCAAAUUGCUGAAAUCAUUCAGUGGGUAAGUGAUGAAAAGGAUGCCCGUGGUUAUCUUCAAGCUUUAGCUUCAAAGAUGACUGAAGAACUCGAGUCAUUAAGGAGUUCAAGUCUUGGAUCCCGAGCCCUGCCUGACCUCUCAUUCCCGCAAGGCUUGGCCCCUUACAGUUCUGAUAGGCUGGAUCCACUAUGGAAAGUGCGACGCAGUCAGAAACUUGACAUGUCUGCGCGUUUGGAGUUGCAGUCUGCUUUAGAUGCUGAAAUCCGCGCCAAGCAGGUGGUCCAGGAAGAGCUGAGAAACGCCAAGGAUUCAAAUAUUCUCUUUGAAAGUAAACUGAAAGAUGCAGAAUUAAAAAAUAAUGAACUUUUAGAGGAGAUGGAGAGCCUUAAAAAGAAGCUGGAGGAAAAAUACAAAGACGACAGUGGACUCAAAAUUCGUGACUUUCAUGAGUCCAUCUUUGAGUAUUUUAACACUUCUCCACUGCCACAUGACCUAACCUUAAGAAGUAGUACAAUUAGUGAGCCUGAUAUCCCAUCUCCCAAACCUGAAGUUUCUGCAUCGCUUGCCAUUCCAUCCACUCCAGACCAGCAAGAGGAGCUCUCGAGGUCUCAGUCUCGGACACAGCCUGCCCCAUCUCCCACAUUUACACCAAUUUCAAUCUCCAUCCCAAAGCCCAAAGCUCACCAGCUUGUUAUCAAGUCCUUCCUGAAUCCCACACAGUGUUCUCACUGUACAUCACUCAUGGUUGGGCUGGUGCGGCAAGGAUAUGCAUGUGAAGUGUGUCCUUUUGCGUGCCAUGUAUUGUGCAAGGAGAGCGCACCACAAGUCUGUCCUAUUCCAGCAGAGCAGUCCAAGAGACCGCUUGGAGUAGACGUACAGAGGGGGAUUGGAACUGCUUACAAGGGAUAUGUGAGGAUUCCGAAACCUACUGGAGUGAAAAAAGGCUGGCAGAGAGCAUUCGCUGUUGUUUGCGACUGUAAGCUGUUUUUAUAUGAUGUCCCAGAAGGACGUUCUACUCAACCUGGAGUUGUUGCCAGCCAAGUUGUAGAUCUUAGGGAUGAAGACUUUUCUGUGAGUUCUGUUUUAGCUUCUGAUGUCAUACAUGCCACUCGCAAGGACAUUCCCUGCAUAUUUAGGGUGACGGCUUCUCUUCUAGGUUCACCCUCCAAAACCACAACAUCUCUUCUAAUCCUAACAGAGAGCGAGGCAGAAAAGAGGAAGUGGGUUGGAAUUCUGGAAGGACUGCAAGCGAUUUUACAGAAAAACAACCUAAGGAACCAGGCAGUGCAUUGUCCACAGGAAGCCUAUGACAGCACUUUGCCUCUUAUUAAAACUAUUGUAGCUGCUGCUGUUGUAGAUCACGAUCGAAUAGCUGUUGGCACUGAAGAAGGACUGUACGUAAUAGAGGUUACAAGAGAUGUGAUCGUACGUGCUGCUGACUGUAAAAAAGUCUACCAGAUAGAACUGGUUCCCAAAGAGAAGAUUGUUGUUCUUGUGUGCGGGCGUAAUCACCACGUUCAUCUGUUUCCUUGGUCCUCCCUUGAUGGGUCAGAGGGCAGUUUUGACAUCAAACUGCCAGAGUCCAAAGGCUGCCAGUUUAUAACAACUGGAUCACUGAAAAAAUCGGCUUCUCCUUGCUUGUUUGUGGCGGUCAAACGGCAGAUCUUUUGCUAUGAAAUCCAUAGAACUAAACCAUACCAUAAGAAGUUCAAUGAAAUUGUGGCUCCAGGCAAUGUACAGUGGAUGGCUUCAUUUAAAGACAAACUGUGUGUUGGCUACCAGUCUGGUUUCUCACUGUUGAACGUACAUGGAGAGGGCCAGCCCAUAAAUUUGGUGAACCCUAGCGAUUCUUCCCUUGCGUUUCUAUCACAGCAGCCAGUGGAUGCCCUGUGUGCAGUAGAGCUCGGUAAGGAUGAAUACUUGCUUUGCUUCAGUCAGCUCGGGGUGUAUGUGGAUUCUCAAGGACGAAGGACACGAAUGCAGGAGCUGAUGUGGCCAGCGACUCCUCUCGCAUGCAGUUGCAGCUCCUCAUAUGUUUCAGUUUACAGUGAGUAUGGCAUUGAUGUUUUUGAUGUCUCCACCAUGGAUUGGGUUCAAACCAUCGGUUUACGACGGAUAAAGCCUCUAAAUGGAGAAGGUUCCUUGAAUUUGCUGAAUUCUGAGCCUGCACGUCUCUUGUAUUUGAAGAGCAUAUAUUCAGAAGGACCUAUCCUGACCGUGCCAGAAACAUCUGAUAACAGCAAAAAGCAAAUGGUCCGGACUAGAAGCAAGAGAAAGUUUGUGUUCAAGGUACCAGAAGAGGAGAGAUUACAGCAAAGAAGGGAGAUGCUUCGGGAUCCCGAACUAAGAUCCAAAAUGAUCUCCAACCCAACCAAUUUCAACCACGUGGCACACAUGGGACCUGGAGACGGGAUGCAAGUGCUCAUGGACCUGCCUCUGCAGACUGAAUUUCCUUCCCUCUCAUCCUCCCGAAACUCUGCUCUGAUAUCACCUCCAGCAAACUUUGAACACGUCUAUCAUAUGAGCUCUGUUUCAGCCAACAUCUUUCUUCAGAACGAGCAGUGCUCCCUGCAAGGCCUCUCUCUGUCUUCUUCCUCUUCCUGUCCCUCUUCUACUUCCUUAGCAAGGAGUGUCUUGCCGUCAUCUCAGGAUGAAAACCCAAGGGAGCGACUUCGUCCUCCUUCCACCAACGCUGCUCGUCAGCAGCAACAACAGCGAAGCAAAUCCUACAUCUCGUGGCCCACAUCGGGACCUGGAGAUGUAUCCUCACGAAGUAUAGGAGACCCUGACCAAGAAAUGGAUAAAGAGCCAGAUUCAGAUUCCACAAAACAUUCCACCCCUUCAAACAGCUCCAACCCCAGUGGUCCCCCGAGCCCUAAUUCUCCGCAUAGGAAUCAGCUGACAUUGGAUGGCUUGGACCAAUCAGCAUGUGAUGCAUAACGCUGUGUCCCUAGCAAGACUUCAGAGCGUCCUAUUAUUAUCUGGAACAGUGAUACAGUGGGAGAGUGCAUUGGUUUCGUCUCUUAGUGCCAAGAUGAGAAGUACCUAGUGUUGCACAAAAUCCUCAACCCCCAUAUUGUAGAUACAGUUAAGAAUUAAAAGGAAAAAAAAAAGUUUAAUAUAUGUGAUCAAGCUUUUAUAUGCAAAAGUAUUCACUGUUUGUAGUAGUGAUUCCGUUCUGUUUUACACUACAGUGACAAGAUAGGAUAUUAUGUUUUAAUUUUUAAAUGGCACCCAUUGUAUGAUGCUGCUAGCUCUGGGGCAAAAAAAAAAAACAGACUUAAAGAGGCUGCUUAUUGUUGUUGCUAACUAGCACUAGAUAGGAUAUUCCAUUA